AUGGCUCAUUCCACUGCAAAUAGCGUCCGUGCGCUCAAUGCUGUAGAGGAAACGUUUCCGCUUACCCAAAGAUCAUCCGCAUCUGCCAAUCGACCACGCAUAAGUACUUCAGGCAGCAAACGUCAAAAGAACUCCCUCAAUUGGCUUGCCAAGCUCAGAAGAGCUGCAACUCUAAUGGCUCAACCAGAAAAACGGAUAGCCAAAGCCCCCACCGUGUGGAGAAGCAUUCAAGCGAUUGUUUUUGCUUCAUGGCUAAAUGUCUUGUUGGUCUUUAUCCCGAUAUCUUGGGCCAUAAACUUUGCUCUUCCCGAUCAGAACACUCUAAUAUUUGUUUUUACAUUUCUGGCUAUCAUACCGCUAGCCAAGCUUCUCGCCUUCGCGACCGACGAGCUGUCACUACGAGUCGGUCAAACUCUAGCUGGUCUUCUCAACGCCACAUUGGGAAAUGCCGUCGAACUCAUUGUAUCGAUCAUUGCGCUCGCGAAGUGUCAGCUUACAAUCGUUCAGUCGUCCUUGGUGGGCUCUAUCCUGAGCAAUCUCUUACUGGUACUGGGCAUGUGUUUCUUUGCCGGUGGUCUCCGCUUCUCGGAACAGGGAUUUGGUCAAAGUGCUGUGCAACUUAAUUCGUCAUUACUGACCAUCAGCGUGAUUGCUGUUCUGUUACCUGGGGCUUUUCACAUGGCUCUUCAGGGUCAACCAGAAUAUGACGAAUUGUCGACCGAUUACAACAUAUUGAAAACUAGCCAUGGCGUUGCAAUCAUUCUCCUUUUCAUCUACGCCUCAUAUCUGGUUUUCCAGUUAUUUUCGCACAAAGGCCUCUACGAUGAUGACAGCGGAGAUAUGCAACAAACCAAGGCGUACGCAGGCCACAACCCAUUCCGGUUGCACAGGACACGUGGGAAUAUCACGGACGGCGAAACAGUACAUUCCCCAAGUUCGACGCAUGACAGAGAGGCAGCCACAACGUUGUCGCCCCCCGCAGAUGCCAACCCUGAUGUAGAACCUGGGACAAAUUCCAUAGCAUCAUUGGAGACUGAGGCUCUCGAGCAACCAUUGAUGAACCUUACUGUGUGCAUUUGGCUUUUGGUUGUCGUAACUGUGUUGGUUGCUGUUACUGCAGAGUUCCUCGUUGACUCAAUUGAUGGCAUGACUUCAUCCGGGUUGAUCAACAAGGAGUUCGUUGGUAUUAUUUUGCUUCCGAUCGUCGGCAAUGCAGCGGAGCACGUUACUGCAGUUACGGUAUCCGUCAAGGAUAAACUGACUUUGAGCUUGGGCGUUGCUGUGGGUUCGAGUAUUCAAAUUGCGCUCUUUGUGAUUCCAUUCAUCGUGACACUUGGUUGGAUUAUGAAUAAGCCACUGACACUUCUCUUUGACCCGCUGGAAUCUAUUGUCCUGUUUCUUUCCGUCCUUACUGUCAAUUACGUCGUGCAGGACGGCAAGUCAAAUUGGUUGGAAGGAAUGAUCCUCAUGUGCUUGUACAUGAUUUUGACUGUAACGUUCUGGUAUUAUCCUGGUAAGCCCCUCGUCGAUGUAACUGAAAGCUGCCCCGCAUUAAAUGCUGUUUUUACUAGGUACCCAAGGAAUCUUCCCAAAUUGUUAGACAAAACCAGCAUCUUCGAUGAAUCGAGGACUGCCACGGGCUUAGUAGUAAGCUUCGACCUGGGCCACUUUCCUAUCGAUCAUAUUCGGUACCACACACUAGUCACACACUCCUUCUGUCCAGUGCCAACUAUCAUUAUUGUCGUGGUUUUUUCUUUCUUAUAUCUAUGGAUGGUUCGCAGUAGGAACCCAUCCCUGUCCUCAUUCUUACCGUUGCGCUGGUCGUCUUGUCAGAUAAACAGAAGAUUCCACUUUAUUCCUACUUGCUUUUUUAAACAUAAUUUAGAUAUUAACCUGGAGUGCAUUAUAUUGUCAGUGGCGGAAAACGUCAACUUGUGA